GGAGCAACUCUGCUGCAGCUGAACCAAACCUCGCCUUUUCUGGAACAGCAACAACAAAAAAAAGGCCUGAAAAUCAAGCACGCAUGUGAAAAGAGACGAAGUGGACACUACAAUCAGCAUGACAGAAACAACCAAAACUCACGUUAUAUUGCUUUCAUGCGGAAGCUUCAACCCCAUCACAAAGGGACACAUUCAUAUGUUCGAAAAGGCCAAAGAGUUCCUGCAGAAGACAGGGCGCUUCAUUGUGAUUGGUGGGAUCAUUUCACCUGUACAUGACUCCUAUGGCAAACCGGGUCUUAUUUCUAGCAGACACCGGCUCACCAUGUGUCAGUUGGCAGUGCAGUCAUCUGACUGGAUCAGGGUCGAUCCUUGGGAAUGUUAUCAGGACACCUGGCAGACUACAUGCAGUGUACUGGAACACCACCGAGAUCUCAUGAAGAGAGUAACAGGAUGCAUUCUCUCUAAUGUGAACACACCCUCUACAACUCCUGUGAUUGGCCAGCCCCAAAACACCACUUCUCCUAUCUAUCAGAACCGCAACACAGCGAACAAGUCCACAACUGUUAAGCUGUGGGGAAAGAUGAGUGAGAGUCUAGGAAAAAUCUGCUGUGUUCGCCCACAAGUGGAGCGCUUCACUUUUGUUGAUGAAAACGCAAACCUCGGUACUGCAAUGCGCUAUGAAGAAAUUGAGUUGCGUAUCCUGCUUCUGUGUGGUAGUGAUCUAUUGGAGUCCUUCUGCAUUCCUGGGCUGUGGAAUGAGAGUGAUAUGGAGGUGAUUGUAGGUGACUUUGGGAUAGUGGUGGUGCCUCGGGACGGAACUGACACAGAAAGGAUAAUGAAUCAUUCCUCUGUGCUUCGUAAGCACAAGGGCAACAUCAUUGUGGUGAAGGACGAUAUGAACCAUCCGAUGUCAGUUGUCAGUUCAACUAAGAGCAGACUGGCUCUCCAGCAUGGAGACGGCCACGUGGUGGACUACCUGACUCAGCCAGUGAUUGACUACAUCCUGCAGAACCAGCUCUACAUCACCGCCUCUGGAUAGAAGAGAGAACACAAGCAGAGGCCUCUUUAAUCUGCCCAAGUCUGUCUCCCUGUGUGUGAUUAACAGUGUAGUCCUGCCGCACUCUACCACUGCUUUUUCCAUAUAGAGGAGCGUAACCUAUCUGUCAUCCUUUCUAACUGUAUCAUAGUGACUUGUCAGGAGUAAGGGCACACUGCCUUGUGCCAAACAGAGCUACCCUGUACCAAUGCGAUGCGAGGAGAUGGAGCAGGUGGACAUAGUGGUCUAAUGUGAUGAGGGAAAGGAAUGUUUAAAGAACAGAAAUUGGAAGAAACUGAAUAAUACAGGAAAUGUUACCGGCUUGAAUGUUGGCCUUGCUGUCAGUUUGAUACUGUCUUUUCCUCUAAUUGCAUGUCUAGAGGUUUUCUUUUACCGCACGAGUGCUCGAAUAGCUUUGUAGACUGUAGUCUGCUGUGACAGUGUUUGCAAAAGUGCUUAGGCGCAUCUCAUCUCUAAUUUCAUUUUAUAUUUAAUAUGACUCUGUGUACAAAGGAAUUUGGA